CAGAUAAAAUACCUCAACAACAUGUUAUAUCUACAGAUAAAUACAUAAGGUAAACUAAGAGGCAGAUAUCCUUAAAAAGAUGAAUACUAAGAGUAAAAAAAUGUUUAGAGCAAAAUGUUUCCUCAUGGUGUUUAUUUCUUUACUUUUACUAAUGACAUUUGUGUUAAAUGCCAAACAUAUGGAGACAUUCAUAGGAAAGGACUUUACAAGGACAAGGAUUUUACCUUUUCUGAACAUAUGGAAUAAUUCCACCAUGGAACCUACAAAUUCAGAGCAGCCUCACAUGACAAAAUCUACAAUAAAAUUUUCAAAUUCAGACAUUUUUCAAACAAGAAAACCUACUAUUCCAGACCAGCCAGGCACAACAAAACCUGCAAAUUCAGAUCUGCCACACACAAUAGAAACUACAGAUGUGGACCAGCCACAAACAAUAAAAUCUACAAAUUUAGACCAGCCUCGCACAACAGAAUCUACAAAUUCAGAACAGCUUCACACAAUAAAAUCUAUGAAUUCUACAAAUUUGAACCAGCCAAACACAACAGAAUCUGCAAAAGAUGAGUCUAAUACAGACAUAUAUUCAAAUCAAAAUACAGAAGUACAUCGGUGCAUAGAAGCACUUUUAGGAAAUAACACCCAACAAAUGAAUAACUGCAAAAAGAUCAGAAAUAAAACAAUUAUGAAAACCAUCAUUGAUAAAUAUAACAAGUUGACUCAACGAAAAAAACAACAACAGGAUUUUCAUCGAGAUAUAAGCUCAGAGUUUAUACACCACAAAGUCAAGGGAUCAAUGGUACCAAAUGUUGUUCAUUACAUAUGGUUUGGGGUAAGAGAAUUUGAAUUUUUCCAUGCUGUAGCAGUGUAUAGUGCUUAUAAGUUCCUCAAACCUGAGAAGAUAGUGUUUCAUGGUGAUACCAUACCAACUGGACCAUGGUGGGACUUCGUAAAGAAUAAGACAUCACAUCUAAAGUUUCAUUAUACUGGGAAGCCUACAUAUGUAUAUAGGAAGAAGUUGGAACAUUUAGAACAUUCUGCCGAUAUCAUGAGGUUACUAAUAUUACAAGACGAGGGAGGCAUUUACAUGGACACAGAUGUAAUUGUUCUUAAAUCUUUUGACCCACUUCGUCGAUAUGAUGUCACAAUGGGAAAAGAAUCAGAUGAUGGACUUGCUAAUGGGAUAAUUCUAGCAAAGAAAGGAGCCCCAUUUCUCAGACUGAUUUUUGAAGCAUAUCGCACAUAUAGUAAAAAAGAAUGGAGUCGACAUUCUGUGGGUGUCCCUUAUGAUUUAUCAAAGAUUUACCCACAUCUUAUUCAUGUUGAAAAAACAAGUCUCCUACGUCCCAGCUGGAUGGACGCUAAGAUCCUUUUCCAGGGGCAUUACAACUGGACAGAAAAUUACGCAAUUCACAUCUGGCAUCGGGAUUACAAAGCAAUUGGUGGAUAUUUCCCACAUUGUCCAGAAGAUCUUUAUGACCUUGACACAACAUUAGGAGAGGUCAUGCGGUACGUAUUGUUUGGAAACUCGACACUUUUAAGUGUGAAUCCAAUGAAUACAACAAAUCACAACAGUACCAGACACAUGAACGUAACUUGCCAAUCAUAUGAUGUGUUUAAUGUGACAAAACAACUAGUGGAAGAAGGAGACCCAAUUAACACACCAGAAAGAAAGCAGAAAGCACAUACCAUUGAAAAGCAAACUGGUAAUUCAUUUAAGACCCAAAAAAGAGUAGAAAGGAUUGAAGAAUUACAAACGCAAGAAAUAUCAACCUUUAAAUUAUUACAAAAAUACAUAGAAUCACAAAAACAUGAGAUAAGAACUGAUUCAACACUAGUGCCAACUGAUUCAACAUUAGUACCAACUGAUUCAACAUUAGUACCAGCUGAUGGAACAUUAGUACCAACUGAUUCAACACUAGUGCCAAUUGAUUCAACACUAGUAUCAAUUGAUUCAACACUAGUACCAACUGAUGGAACAUUAGUACCAACU